ACUUGUCGGUAAAAAAAACACACACAAAAAUGGGGAUGAAACCCCGGAUGAAACGCGCUCCACUUCACGCCCUGGACACACCUCCAAAUUCGUCCAAUCAUAUUCCAGGGUAUUGAUGGUGUGUAUUGAUCGCUGAACUGUUUUUAUUAAUUUCGCGCUAGAUAGCGCUGACUGUGUCGUCUCUGUCGUGUCGCACGUCGAUUGUCAUGCAAUGCCGUCUUUAAUUUAGACGUGGACUGUUCUUUCAUAUGCUUAAUUGGAGCGAUAUAGCGUUGGCAGAAACAACUGAUCUGUACAGAAACGUAAAAAAAGAGGCGAGGAAUCUGUGCUGUAUUUUGGUUAUGACAACAGAUAUCAACGAUAACGGAAAACGUCGCAAAAUGACAGAAAUUACUGUGUCUGUAGAAAAUUUCAUCGACGGAAAGUUUAUGCCAGCCUCCAGGUUUCUGGAUAGCUAUGAUCCAUCAGUAGGAGAGGUUUGGGCUAGAAUCCCAGCUAGUGGAAAGCAUGAGGUUGAUUUAGCAGUAGCGGCAGCCAAACGUGCAUUUCCAAUAUGGUCGUCCAAAAGUCCAACGGAGCGAGCAAAGGUGAUGAACAAAAUAGCUGAUCUCAUCGAAGAAAAUCUUGACGACCUUGCAAAGAUGGAGUCAAAGGACCAAGGUAAACCUGUCUGGCUGGCAAGGGCGGUAGACAUUCCAAGAGCUGUGCACAACUUCCGUUUCUUUGCAUCAUCUAUUCUCCACACCAGGAACAGUUCUACCAUACUUGAUGUUGGAGCAACUAACUACACCAUGCAUAUGCCUAUUGGAGUAGUGGGUUUGAUCAGUCCAUGGAAUCUUCCCCUCUAUCUACUGACAUUCAAAAUUGCACCCUGCAUUGCUUAUGGAAACACCUGUGUUUGUAAGCCCAGCGAGAUGACUUCAGUGACCUCAUGGAUGAUUGCCAAACUCUUGGUGAAAGCAGGUCUACCGAACGGUGUCGUCAACAUGGUCUUUGGUGAUGGACCUGAAGCAGGGUCAGCAAUCGUUGAACAUCCUGAUGUUCCUCUUGUUUCCUUCACUGGUGGUACUGAAACAGGAAAGAAGAUUAUGGCCCUAGCCUCACCCCUCUGUAAAAAAUUAUCUCUUGAGCUUGGAGGUAAGAAUGCUGCCUUGGUGUUUGAUGAUGUAGAUCUUGAUGAGGUCAUCCCAACAAUGGUAAAGUCAGGCUUCAUAAACCAGGGUGAAAUCUGUCUGUGUAUGAGUAGGAUCUUUGUGCAAGAAAACAUCUUUGAGAACUUUGUCAACAAAUAUGUAAAUGCUGCAAGCAAUAUGUUGGUUGGUCCUCCCUCAGAAGCAUCCUCUAAACUUGGUGCCCUCAUCAGCAAGGAACACCUUAAUAAGGUCAAAGGUUAUGUUGCACUCUCUGUAGAAGAAGGUGGCAUGAUCCAUUGUGGUGAAGGGGUGGAUGAGAUAUGUCUUCCACAAAAAUAUAAAAAUGGUUAUUACAUGCUACCUACUGUAAUAACAGGACUUGGACCCUAUAGCAGGUGCAUGCAGGAAGAGAUCUUUGGCCCUGUUGUAUGUAUCGCUCCUUUCACCACAGAAGAAGAUGCAAUUGAAAAGGCAAACUCUGUGAAGUUUGGACUCUCCGCUUGUGUUUGGACCAAUGAUGUUAGAAGAACACACCAUGUUUCUCAGAAACUACAGGUUGGAACUGUCUGGGUCAAUUGCUGGAUGGUACGUGAUCUCAAUAUGCCUUUCGGAGGGAUGAAGGCUUCUGGGAUAGGUCGGGAAGGAGUCAAUGAAUCCAUUGAAUUCUUCACGGAAGCCAAGUGUAUCUGUAUCAAGCAUUGAAUGACGAUCUUCCAAUGUCUUUAUUCAUAAACAAAGCAUCUUGUUGUUCUCUCCAAAAAUCCAUGAUAUUUGCAUUUUGGCAUAUUUAUCGUUGCAUGAGGAAGGCUGUUAUUGAUGAACCAUUAACCCAGUUCACUUUACCUGAAAUUAGGGAUCUGUUUAGUCAAGACUUGAUGAACUUUAUAUGCUAAUAUAUUUAGAAACAUUAUACAUGUGUUUUGUUUGAACUAGGUAUGAUUAUGUUAAUAUGUGUACAAAAGUUAGGGAUCUUUGGAGUUUGAAUUACAUAUAGGUGAGUCUAUAAGAGAUUUGCAGUUAUUACUAGUGGGUCUUUGUUAACAUAAUGAGAGAGGUUAUAUAUUUGACGUGCACUUCCAAUUGAGUGAGCUCAUGUUAAGGCCCAGUACCACUGCACAAACUGAUGCAGAGAGGAUCUUGCCAUCCGUUCGAAAGGACUGUCGUGAGGAAGCCUGGCAGAUGUACAGAGGGAGUGAAUUUCAGAGUGUUGGGAAUACUACUUCAAAGGCUAUGAUAUGUUUAUAACUGACCACAGAGACAAAUGACUAUUAAUGCAAACAUUCUUUGCAUCUUAUGGUCCACCAACAGUGCUGGGCAUGAUAAAAUGCCUUCGACACAUUUUAUGUUUGAAAAAGGGGUUUUAGGCAGGGUUAAAUAUGGUAGAUGAGUGUUUGGACUUAUCUUUCAAAAGGAAAGAGGGACUUUAACUUUAUACGGGGAAAGGGGAGACUUUUUUCUCACAUUUUUCGCCAAUUUUGCCCAUUUCUGGAGUGGAUGAAAACAGAUGGCGCCACCACCAAAUAUUGUGCUCAUUUUCUGUGUCCUUUAUGCAUACGUUUUGUGUCCAUCGGGCAGUGGGACCGGGCCUUUAAUACAUGUAGGGGACCUAGGCUUAUUUUCAGUAAUCUUCAGUCAGAACUUAGUAAGCUUAUUUUGAUGGAUAAAAGUGUGGAAGAGCCAUGGUGUAGUGGUUCUGACUCUCGCCUUGUAAACAGGGGGUCGUGUGGUUGAAUCCCACCGCGGUCUAGCAUCCUUUGGCAAGGCGUUAAUCCACACUAUGCCACUCUCGACCCAGCUGCUAAAUGGGCACCUGGUAGGAUGUGAAAGUUAUUGUAAGUUUGAAUUUGCCAGCGCCAUUAUGAGGCUGCAAUGAAUAUAGGGAAUGCUCCCCAGAGAGUGGAAAUUGUGCACUUUUUUGCGAUAUUGAAAUUAAUCCAAAGACCGGGGUAAUGAUACGCUGUAAAGCGCUUUGGGCCAUCUGGGAAAAGGGCUACAUAAAAACUAGCUAUUAUUAUUGUAGAGAAUUUAUAAAUUCAUUUAGCCAGAACUGAGUGAGCUUAUUUGGAUAUGUUACAAGAAUUCAUAAAUUUGUAUAGUUAGAAAUAUGUGAGUGUGUUAGAGAUAGAAGUUAGAGAUCUAUGGAGUUAAGCACUACGGCCGUCAGAUGGUAAAACGGUCUCGAAAAUAGCUGUUCUGAGAAAAAUGACUUUAAAGUUUAGAGGUUUGAGCUUUUUUAUGAGACGGAAAUAAUGCAUUUUUAGCAAUGGGAAAAGAAGAAGCACAAUAAACACUAAUAACUGAAGAAUUUUAUUAAUGCUUUUUUGGGGAUUUCAUUAUGACAUAGAUAAGACUUUUGUGUAGAUUUUACCAUCUUACCCCAAUGCACAAUAUUCUUCAGCGAUUUUCGAGAUAGACCGUUUUACCAUCUGACGGCCGUGUGACGUGGCGGAAAACUGGUCUAACUCGAAGAUAGUCCAUUUUACCAUCUGGACAGCGAUGAUUCAAAAAUCUCAAUUAAGAAGGUUUAUGUAAAAGAUUUUACCUCCAAACGAUAUUACCGACAAUGGGCUAACUCAAAGAUAGACCAUUUUACCAUCAAAUCUGAAGGAAAAAUACAAAAAAGUACCAAGAUAGCGGAAAUUAUCUCUAAAUCAAGACAUGAUGGGAUUUUAGCGAUAGCACCAUUGGAAAGAACGCCCUCACAUUACAAGGAAAGUGAAUUUACCUCAAAAAGUCAAAUUUUCGAGUUAGACCGUUUUACCAUCUGACGGCCGACUAGGAAAGCUUAUGUUAAUAUGUAUAGAGAAAUUAGAUAUCUGUUUUGUUAGAACUGAGUGAGAUUAAGUUGUGAAGAGAAGUUAGGGAUCUGUGCAACUGAAUGAGCUUAUGCUUUUAUAUUUGGAAUUCGAGGAAAAGGCUGUGCUGCAAUUGAUGACAAUAUACAUGCACUUUGAGGUUAUGUGAGUUUGUAAUUAUAAACUUUUAAUACGUAGGUUUGAAAUUGCCAUGAUGGAUUAAACCUAACUUAACCAACCUAACCCUAUUAGAAGUGAAAACUAAUUUGAUAAAUUAUACACCAAUGGAAAGCUACUGAACAAGUUUCAUACUUUUCAUGGCUUGCUUGCUGAAUAUUUGCUCUAGAAAUGGCCAGAUUGCAAAAAUAAAAAACGAUGUUUCACGGCUACUUUGCACUUCAUAACUGCCAGGAUACCAUGACCUUGUUGUGAUUCCAUCAGUUUGUAUGGCAGAAAGUUCAAGUAGUUUCUUGUUUUCCAGAAUACAAGUUCAAAUUCCAAUAAUGUGCACAGAAAGAUUCCUUUCGAAAUACUUUGACAAAUGGAUCAAACUAUACAAGUCAUUUGGCUAUGACUUGUAUGUCAAAGCUGUAACUUAGAUCUGAAUGGAGAUACGUGGGUGAAAAGUUGCCCCAAAUAAACAAAAUCAAAUUUUGCCCAAAAUAAUGUAAAAAACUAGAUUUCAUAAAAUUAAGCAGGACAUUUAAUGUUAUUUUUCUGUGUGAAUUGUUUAAAAAAAGGAUUUGUUACACUGAACAAGAAAAAAGUAAUCUUUUCUAAAUGCAUAGCACAUUCUUUAUUGGACCAAUAUUCUAAUUACUUGCUGUGUUAAUUUAUGUAUGAAAAUCAGCAUUGACUGUCUAUGGUUUAAACCUCCUUCAAAAUAAUCUGUGAAUUGAACUAUGUUGCUAAAGUUUGUCAGUAAGUUGUCGUCAAUAGUUAGCAGAGAUUAAUUUACCAGCUCUAAUUAUAAAGGUAUUGUAGACUUGUAAGAAUUUGUGUGUGAAUAUAAUAUAUACUCAGGGGAUGGGAUCUCUGCCAACUUCAAUUUGGAGAUUAAAUCUUUUAUUUCUUUUCUAUCCAAAAACUUGUGUUCAUUUUCAACAGCAAAAAUUUGAUAUGUUUAUGUACAAUUAUAGUCUCAAAUGCUAUUUAUGGCUGUAUUCUAGAUUUGCCAAUUUGAUGAACAGCAUCACUGUUGUAUUUAUUUAUUUUUUUUUGCCUAAUUUAUAUUUUUUUCUUGAGAAAUACAAAGUAAUGGCUAAAAGCUCUAAAAGGAUAGCUAGCACUUAUGUUUCAGUAAUAAAUGUAAAUGGCAUGCAUCAAUUUUGUAGGAAUACAGGCAUAUCUGAGUAUUAACAUUUAUGAUUUGAUUAAAUAACAAUGAAGUCAGAUAAACUUUAAGUGUAGUAUGUUAUAUCAUGGACCUAUUAGAGGUGAACAUUCAAUCCGAUCCUUUCGAUGAUCAAGUGACGCCUAGUGAUUAUGUGCAUCUUAAUGAGAACGUACACAGGUUUUGACAGUAGCGACUCAUUACCAAGGCGAUUAUUUAAAAAGGGGCAGCUUUCCUGGUUUUGGUUUUGUUGGCUGAUGCCCAGUUUCAGAAAAUGCUUUUCAAUCAACAUACUUUAGAUUUGGAGCAGUAAUAUGGAGAAGCAGAUGAUUUUGUGGCAUAAUGGUCUAGUGGUUAUGACUCAUGUCUUUCAAUUUGAGGGACGUGGGUUCAAUUCCAAGCCAUGGCGUAUUUUCCUUCAGCAAGAAAUUUACCCAUAUUGUGCUGCACUUCAACCCAGGUGAGGUAAAUGGGUACCUGGUAGGAAUUUAUUCCUUGAAACGCAGUACGCGUAAUAGCUGCUCUGCUAAAGCCAGGGUAAUUAUGCUGUAUUACUUGAAGAGCACUUAGAGACUUCUGACAAAGUAAAUGUUAAGAGCUAUAUAAGCAAGUAUGAUUAUUAUAAAAUGUGUUAUUAUUGUAUAAUAAAUGUAUAUUUCAAACAAUAAAAAAGCAAAAGAAAUAGUAA